AGGCAUCAUUCCUUAGCAACAACAGCGUUAUAGAGCCUUAGCUAACGUUAGCUGGAUUAUUCUGUGAACUUUCUUUAAAAAAUGCCCUGAAAAUGGGAUUUUAAAAAAGCGUAGAUAACAACAAAAUAAAUAAAUAUACAGGAAAAAGACAAAUAUAUAACUAUGGCGGAUGCAAUCGGUUCUGAGGACAAAGAGAAGUCGAUAUAUUUGAUACAAAUUAAAUAUCUGGAUGAGCAGUUGGAGAGCAGAUGUCAGCUUCAGUGUGACGAGCUGGAGCAGCAGAACAAGGACCUGGCCUCUCAGUACAGCGCGCUGGAGAAGGACAAGCAAGACAUCACUGAGUACCUGAAACACGCUGUGCUUGGCAAAGACAAGGAGGUGGAGGAGCUGGCUGCGAGGCUGGAGAGUCAGCAGCGGAUUGGCCAACAGGACAGAGAGGCCCGGAAGCUGCAGCAGAGCCAGGAAGUUCAGGAGCUGCAGGACCAGAUUGAUGAGCUGACCUCAGAGAGCAGAGUGCUGGUGGCAAAGUUUGAGGAGCAGCAGGAGCUGGAGGAGCAGCUGGAGCAGCUGUUGCAGCAGCAGUCCGACAUGGAGUUUCUGAGGAAGCAGCUGGUUAGUGAGAACAAGGAGCACGACGCUGCCAUCGAGAACCUGAAGAAUGACGCCGAGUCGGAGAGGAACAAGAUGUUCGAGGUCAGGUGGGGCACGUUGGAGGUUUGCGUUAGGAAGAAGGCCUCACUCAUCAUCCAGGAGGAGAGGGCUCAGCACAGCGAGCUCCGGGAGAAGGUCGAAGAACUUCUGGACAGGAACACGGAACUGUGGAGUGAGAAGAACGAGCUGCGAGACCAAGAAGAUUUUCUUCUCUUUCAGUUGGACAACAUGAAGGAAGAUAUUGACAGUGUCAGCAAGAAGAGCUUCACCAGCAAGAAGGAGGUGGAGCAGCUGACGAAGACCUGCCAGCAGCUGAGGGUGGAGCUAAAGAGCUGUAGCGCCGCCUACGAGAGCACGCUGACCAAGAAAGAGGCUCUCAGACAGCGCCUGGCUUCAGUGUCAGCAAAGUGCCAUCAGAAAACGGCCCAGGCAGGUCAGCUGAGGGCCGAGCUGCAGAGGGAGAGCAGCAUGAGGAGGCAGCUGGAGGCCAUCGUGCAGGAAGCAGUCCUGAUUCUCAGCCACAUCUUGACGGACUCAGAGAAGGCGUCCGAGACUCAGUGGAAGAGGCUGCAGGAGAUCCUGGAGAGCCCCUUCUCCCAAGGACCCGGCUCCACUCCUGAGGAGGAACCACAGACCUGUGACCCCGAAGCAGCCAGAGCUCAGACCCUGAACAUCGCCACAGAUCCGUUGUUCCUGUUGGCCCGCUACAGACCAGGCGACCUGGGCCUCGUGCCCCGACCCAUGUGGAAACAGAAAGCAGCCAUCUCCAGGUCACUCCAUUCUGAUGCCUCUCAACAGGAAACUGUGCAGUCAGAAGACAUCCAGCUGUGAUCCAGAGGCCGAAGCCUCCACCUCUGCAGACUGUAACGUAUUAUAAAGUGUUACCCAAGUCACAUCACCGACUUCAGGACAGCUCUGUGAAGGACGGGGUGGGAUUCAAUCAGCGGCUCACAUGGCUGGUCUUCAUGGACACAUUUGUUUAAUCGCUCAAUGUGUUGUUAAGGUGUAUCCACUGACAUCAUACACGCAAAGCCACUAAACACCCACACUGUCAUAAAGGAUGCGUGGCAGAUAUCACAACAGG